AUGUUGUCCUAUAUCAAAGCAAGAUCAAAGGACUUGAAGUUCUCCGAUGUGAUUAUGGAAAGCAAUGACUGUAGACUUCUGGGGUCCCCUCUUCACCCCGCUGUCGAAACUGAUAUCGAACCUUUCUUGGAUGAACUGAAAGAAGGAUUUAGUCUCCACCCGUGCGAUUUCGAGUCUAGUAAUGGCAUUGAGAACCUGAGUUGGGAAAAAGCAGUCUUCUGGAUAUUUUCUUCAUCGAUCUCAAUAUAUGCAAAUAAGCUUCUGUUGUUACAGAGAGGAUUUCUACUGAAUCAAAUACAGAUUACCGUAUGGCAGCAUUCAUUUAUUGCCGGGACAAAAACUAAUCGUCAUCUAGCUCUCACAAUCUCUACAUUCCACUUUGGCCUGUGGUUGCUUACAUUUAUCAUCACAUCACGACAUGAAUCUCGCAUCAAUGUUCAGUCUAUUCCGAAAGUCCUCCAGCAAACUCAAUCAUGGUUUUGGAUGAUGCCUGCCUCCUUGACUUCCGCAGUUGCUUUACCGUUGCUGAUGGAGGCGCUUAUGCAUAUGUCAAGUCUCCCUGUCUUGAUUAUGCUCUUCCCACUGAUUCACCUGAUAGAAUCUCUCACGCUCUUUAUUUUCUUUCCGCAGUCGCGUUCUUCCAACCGCCUAUCUCUUGAGACUCUCGGCAUCGCAAUAUUCACAACUUUGAUUCUUUACAAUGAGUAUCGUCUCACUGUUCCAGGAAUUAUUUGUAGUAUUGGAGCUUUCACUAUGACCGGCCUUUCUAGAGCUCUUUUCGUUAUGGCGUCUCACAAGAUGAACGAUCACGGGGAUCAAACAUCAUCGUCUUAUCAUGGCUACAUCCUGAUGACCACAACUUUUGGGCUCUUCAUAAGUGGCAUUCUGGCCUAUUAUCGGGAGCGCAGCACAUUAGAGUUCUAUCCGAAAUUAGGCACUCUAGCUCUGUUUUCCAUCUCCUCUAUAGCUAUGGUUGCUGCAGUAUUUUCUGGCACCAGUACUCUCGCAUAUAACCCAAGUCCUUUCUCGGCUGCGAAGAAUCUGGACGCCAAAACACUUUUUGCCAUUUCAGAUGUCGUCGUAUCCGGACUUUCUAGCAUAUUUGUCUUGCUGAUAUCAUUAACAUUUGGGCCGACAUCUGUGGUAUCUUGGAUCCAAUUCACUUCCUAUUUUCUAGCGGUUUACUGUCUCAUUGGAUAUUCCAAAGUUUACAUUUUCUUUGAGAACAUUUCGGGAUUUAUUCAACGCCGUCUUCACUGCCGAUUGUACAAUACAGCCUCGAGUCCGACUCUUCAAAGAACAUAUGUAUUUAUGUUAGAGAUCUCGCUUACUACCUUGGCUAUAGUUGCUUUAUAUGCAUUAUCCCUAUCCCAGCUAAUCAGAUUACAAUCCGGCCCCGCCUCCUCAAUGGACAACUUGUAUACGCCAGAAUCAUCGUCCUUUGAUAUUGUCAUUAGCGCUUACAAAGAAACACCUGAGUCGAUCGCACGGAUGUUGAAGGCUAUAAAAUCAACAUCAUACCUAUCCUCACACAAUACACGUGUUCUUAUAUACACCAAAGACCCCACCGUUUCAUUGUCAAUGUUGAAGAACUCUACAGGAGCCGAUAUUGUUGAACGGCUUUCCAAUCUUGGUCGCGAAGGAGGAACGUACCUCAGUCAUAUCGUUACUCGUUGGAAUGAUUUGGCAGCACAAACUAUGUUUAUUCAAGCUCAUGCCCAUAACAUCAGGGAGCUCAUACCACGAAUUGAUUCGUACCUAGUACCACAAACGGGGAUGUUGAGUCUUGGAUUUUCUGAAUCUACUUGUUCUUGUAACGACUGUGGUGACCGAUUUGGAUGGACUGACGACUGGGAUGUGGUCCCAAAUCUGUACAAAAGUAUCUACGGAUCAAGUUGUACCGACUCCACCAAAAUCCUUUUGUCAUACAAGGGACAAUUUAUCGCAUCAGCUAGACGUAUCCGCGGAAUUCGUCGAAACAUAUAUGAGGAUCUGUUGUCUACAAUAACUAGUGAGAUUGGAUGGAGUCAUGAUUCAAGAUUUGUGGAAGAAGAUGAUUCGCCUGACAAUCCUUCAUUCGGGUUCGCUGUCGAGAGAAUAUGGGGUUUACUGAUGCAAUGUGCGAGCGAUGAUCGGGUUCCAACGAAGUGUCCUUCUUUGCUCAGUGGGAUGACGACUAGAGGUGAUGUUGGAGACUGCCAAUGCUUAGAUUCGCAAUAG